AUGAAUUUUGAUUAUCCAAAAUCUGAAUUUCAAACUCCUUAGAAGCAAUUUUAUGUGAGGUCACAACACAAACAUAAUUCGAGUCAACCUCUAUUAGGAUAAUACUUUCGAGAUAUUCAAGAACCUAAAAUGAGUCUAACCAAGGUAGGUUAAGAGUCUUUAAAAAAAUGGGAUUUCUUCUCUGAUCCUUUUAGUCUACCUGAGAAAUAUUUAAUUAGUCCACAAAACAAAAUAAAGACUGAAACAACUGAUUUUGGAUAUGAUAGCCUUGAUUUUAUGUUGGGAAAAUAAACUGAUAGAUACAGCUCAGGAUCUCUUCAAGCACUGCAUUAAUAAACAUAAUCAGAGAAAAUAAUUGGUAAAAAGGUCUAGUUUUCUGAGUUAGUCUAAGUUAAGAAUGAUGAUGGAAGCGAAUCUGAAGAACCUAUGACAAAGUAAUCAAGACAGAAGACAAGAAAAAGCAAGUUCUCAAUGAAAAGUUAGAGGUCAAUUAUACAAGAUUGAUUUUAUCAUACUUUAUUUUAAUGCCAA